AUGAAGUUCUCGGUUUUCCAGACGGCUGUGGCGGCUGUUACUGUUAUUUCAGCCGAUGCCAAACUUCUGAUUUGCUCCGAUAGUACAACCGCAAACUAUGCUGCAGACUCGGUUCUCCAGGGGUGGGGCUAUUACAUCGGAGACUACUUGAGUAUUCCGGUUAGCAACCUCGCAAAAAAUGGUCGCUCCACUCGUUCGUUUAUCAACGAAGGACUUUGGGAUACACUUUUGAAGAAUACAGUGGCAGGUGACUUCGUUGUUAUUGAGAUGGGGCACAACGAUGAUGGCGACCCUCGCACAGACACCAAGGACCGCUUCACCCUACCCGGCAUCGGCAACGACUCUGUCCAAGUCACGACCUCGACAGGUACAAAGGAGACGGUGCAUUCUUUUGGCUUCUAUCUUCGCAAGAUGAUCGCCGAUGUUCAAGCGAAGAAGGGCAUCCCUGUUUUAUCUGGCAUGGUCAAUCGCAACUACUGGUCCGGCAACAAGUUGCAGUCUAACUGGGCCUUUGCGACAUAUGCCGAGCAGGUUGCGCAGCAAGAAGGCGUCGCUUAUGUCGACCACACUAAGUACUCAGUUGCGACCUUUCAGGCCAUGGGACAAACCAAAGCGACGACUUACUAUCCCAAUGACAAGACACACACAAACUGGGAAGGCGCUAGGAUUAAUGCGCAGACCUUUGUUCAGGCCCUCAAGUGUGGAUCUGGUGGUGGUGGUCUCAAGGGCCAGUUGAACGCAGCCGGUCGGUCAGUAUCGGUGACGGCCUGCUAA